AUGAUCGACAAUAAGGGCAAAUCGGUAGCAUGGACCACGGUCCUCUACCUUUUUUUCAUUUUCCUCGCACCUCUUCUAUUCUUGUCACCAGCAUCGGCAGCCUCAGACAGUGAAGCUGAGAACUAUGGUACCGUCAUUGGUAUUGAUUUGGGAACUACUUACUCUUGUGUUGGUGUAAUGAAGUCUGGGCGUGUCGAGAUUUUGGUAAACGAUCAGGGAAACCGUAUCACUCCAUCAUAUGUCGCCUUCACCGAUGAUGAACGUUUGGUUGGUGACGCCGCUAAGAACCAAUAUGCGGCCAACCCCACCAACACCAUAUUUGAUGUCAAGCGUCUUAUUGGACGAAGGUUCAAUGACAAGGAUGUUCAGACUGACAUCAAGCACUUCCCCUUCAAUGUCAUCAACAAGAAUGGAAACCCUGUCGUUGAGGUCAAAGUUAAUGGAGCCGAGAGAAUCUUCACUCCUGAAGAAAUCUCAGCCAUGAUCCUUGGAAAGAUGAAGGAGAUUGCUGAGGGAUACCUCAUGAAGACUGUCACUCACGCCGUCGUCACUGUCCCGGCUUACUUCAACGACGCCCAGCGUCAAGCCACCAAGGAUGCAGGCGCUAUCGCCGGUCUUAACGUUCUUCGUGUCGUUAACGAGCCCACCGCUGCCGCCAUCGCCUAUGGACUUGAUAAGCAAGGUGGUGAGCGUCAAAUCAUUGUCUACGAUCUUGGUGGUGGUACCUUCGAUGUUUCCCUCUUGUCUAUCGAUCAGGGUGUUUUCGAGGUCUUGGCUACCGCUGGUGAUACCCAUCUCGGAGGAGAGGAUUUCGACCACCGUGUGAUUCAGCACUUUACCAAGAUUUACAACAAGAAGCACGGUGUUGAGAUCACCAAGGACCUCAAGACUAUGGGUAAGCUGAAGCGUGAGGUUGAGAAGGCCAAGCGUACUCUUUCUUCCCAGAUGUCUGUCCGCGUUGAAAUCGAAGCUUUCCAUGAAGGCAAGGACUUCUCUGAGACCCUUACCCGGGCUAAGUUCGAAGAGCUCAAUCUCGAUUUGUUCAAGAAGACUCUCAAGCCUGUUGAGCAGGUCCUCAAGGACGCCAAGGUCAAGAAGGGUGAAGUUGAUGACAUCGUCCUUGUUGGUGGAUCUACCCGUAUUCCCAAGGUUCAGGCCCUCUUGGAGGAGUACUUUGGAAAGCAAGCCUCCAAGGGUAUCAACCCUGAUGAGGCCGUUGCCUAUGGUGCCGCUGUUCAGGGAGGUGUCUUGUCUGGAGAGGAGGGAACCGAUGAGAUCGUUCUUAUGGAUGUCAACCCAUUGACUCUUGGUAUCGAAACCACCGGUGGUGUCAUGACCAAGCUCAUCACUCGCAACACUAUUAUUCCUACUCGCAAGUCUCAGAUCUUCUCCACUGCUGCCGAUAACCAGCCCGUAGUCUUGAUCCAGGUCUUUGAGGGUGAACGUUCUAUGACCAAGGACAACAACCUUUUGGGCAAGUUUGAGCUCACUGGAAUUCCCCCGGCUCCCCGUGGUGUUCCUCAAAUCGAGGUCUCUUUCGAACUCGAUGCCAAUGGUAUCCUCAAGGUUUCAGCUUCUGACAAGGCCACCGGAAAGGCUGAGAGCAUCACCAUUACCAACGAACGCGGCCGAUUGAGCCAAGAAGAGAUUGACCGCAUGGUUGCCGAAGCCGAGAAAUUCGCCGACGAGGACAAGGCCAACAGAGAGAGAAUUGAGGCCAGGAAUGGUCUCGAGAACUACGCUUUCUCUUUGAAGAACCAGGUCAACGAUGACGAGGGUCUCGGUGGCAAGCUUGACGAGGACGACAAGGAGACUCUUUUGUCUGCCGUUAAGGAGACCACUGAGUGGCUUGAGGAGAACGCUGCCACCGCCACCACAGAAGACUUUGAUGAGCAGAAGGAGAAGCUCAGCCAGGUCGCCUACCCCAUCACUAGCAAGAUGUAUGCUGGUGCUGGUGGUGCUGGUGAUGAAGAACCAAGCACUCAUGACGAGUUGUAA